GUUCUUUUCAUUCAUUCCUUCUUGCCUUCACCCUUGUAUGCUGAAUCCUGCAGCGGGUUCGGGCCUGUCCUCAGCUGACGGGCGAAGUGGUGAACAAAGGCAGAGACCCCAGCUCUCAAACGUGUUACGUUUCAUUGGGGCGGAGGCUAGACAGUAUAAGCAAAUAAACAAGCCUAGUCGAUCCAGUCAGCCAUAGAAUGCAAGCGAUAAAAGAGAAUGACAUGCCAGGAGAGCGCAGCUGCUUUAACUAGAGUGGUUAGGGUGUCCCUUGGAUAGCUGGGAAAGAUGAGAAAGGUGGGGGGAAGCACAUCUAAGAAGGUCUAGAUAAAUAAGGGGCCUGAGAACGUGUUGGUAAGGAGGUUGAGUUUUGCACUUUGACGGCUGGGAAGCCAGCAGAAUCUUCAGCAGGGAGCUGAGCGGCCUGUUUGCAGGAGAUCACAGUGGGGUGUUUGAUGCCCUUAACUCCCCUCCCUCAAGUAAACAGACUGAAUUACCUCUUAAGCAACAAAUUAAAGGAACAAAUAGGAGAGUAAGAAGAUGGCCUCAAAGCGUGUCACCCAGGAAACCUUCGAUGCUGCCGUGCGUGAGAACAUCGAGGAGUUUGACAUGGGGCCGGAGGAGGCAGUGAAGGAGGCCGUGGAACAGUUUGAGUCGCAAGGGGUUGACCUGAGCAAUAUUGUGAAGAUGGCACCCAAAGUCUCUGCAGAUGGACCCCAGGAGGCCACACAUGACAUCCUGCAGGCCCUAGAUGACCUACAGGAGUCUGUGACCCGCUCUCGUCCUGAGGAGGUAUCAGCACACCUCACCCGCUUUCUCGAGCAGUGCAAGCAGCACAAAGCCUACCGCUUCCUGGCAGCCCAGAAGGGGGCCUACCCUGUCCUGCUUGCCACCUGGCAGCUGGCCUCAGCAGGUGACCAAGACCUUCUGCUGCAGGCCCUCAACGCCCUUUCAGCUCUGACUGAUGGCCAGCCUGACCUGCUGGACACCCAGGGCCUGCAGCUGCUGGUGACCACACUGGCCUGUAACACCAAUGCUGCUGAGCUGACCUGCUCCGGGAUCCGCUGUGUACGCCAUGCCUGCCUGAAGCAUGAGCACAAUCGACAGAGCCUGGUGAAAGCUGGUGUUCUGCCCCUGCUCACUGGUGCCAUUGUCCGGCACAGCUGCUGCGCUGAAGUGGUCAGGGAGGCCUGCUGGGCACUGCGUGUCAUGACCUUUGAUGAUGACAUCCGCGUGCCCUUUGGCCACGCCCAUGACCAUGCUAAGAUGAUCGUGCAGGAGAAUGGAGGCUUGAAAGUGCUCAUCCAGGCUGCUAAAGCUUUCCCUGACAACCCCAGCGUCCUGAGCGAGCUCUGCAGCACCCUGUCCCGACUGGCAGUCCGCAAUGAGUUCUGCCAGGAGGUGGUGGACCUCGGGGGCCUCAGCGUCCUGGUGGCCCUGUUGGCCAACUGCAGCGACCACCAGGAUCUGGUGAAGCAGGUGCUAAGCGCAUUGCGAGCCAUUGCAGGCAACGAUGAUGUGAAGGAUGCCAUCGUGCGUGCUGGCGGGACGGAACCCAUCGUGGCGGCCAUGACCCGGCACCUGACCAGCCCACAGGUGUGUGAGCAGAGCUGUGCAGCCCUCUGUGUGCUGGCCCUGCGCAAGCCGGAGAACAGCCGGGUCAUUGUGGAAUGCGGUGGGGCGCUGGCUGCGCUGCAGGCCAUGAAGGCACACCCCCAGGAGGCUGGCGUGCAGAAACAGGCCUGCAUGCUGAUCCGCAACCUGGUGGCCCGCAGCCAGGCCUUCUCACAGCCCAUCCUUGACCUGGGGGCUGAGGCACUCAUCUCUCAGGCCCGUGCCACCCACCGAGACUGUGAGGAUGUGGCCAAGGCUGCCCUGCGGGACCUGGGCUGCCAUGUCGAACUACGAGAGCUAUGGACUGGCCAGAAGGGUAACCUGGCACAGUGACCUCAGGCUUGGCCUGGGUGUGAUCUGGCUGAGUUGUAUGACUCAGGAACAGGGCAGAGGGAAGUCUGUAUCUUGCUGAGCUGCCCCCAGACCUGGCCCCUCAGCGCUAGGUAUAGGCUGGGGGUGGGAGGGAGCAUCGAUGGGAUAUCAGCACUGCAGAAAUCAGCCCCUGGGUCCCAGCCUCUCCUCUCCAUCCAAAGACAUUGGCAUCAUCCAUCCUAUAUCCCUUUGUCCCCAUGCUCUUUCCAACUAGAAGUAUUUGUUCAGCAGUCUGGUAUUGGGGCCCCAAAGGUAGUCUGAGAUUCACAGUCACACUAGCCAACCUCAGAGAAGGCCAGGGAGCUGUUCCUGCUUGUUUUCCUCUCUGUAAAUGGGUCCCAGAUAUCUUGGUCUGCUGGCCAAAGGGUAAAGACAGAGGCUCAUGCACCUCAGGGACCGAGGCCAGCCGCUGGUACUGGUAAUAAAGGACAUUGGAUGAACA